ACUGAUGCUGGGACGAUGGGCUCCAACCUCAGUCGCCUUGCCUUAUCAUCGUCUACAUCACAGAGCCACUGACGCAGCAUCACAGGCAGCUACCAUGGCUGCUUCUCUCCGCCACCUCUCCACCUCCGCCGCAGCACCCCACCACCGCCGCCCUAACUCCUUCCACCGCCUCGCCCUCGCCGCUCCACCGCCUCUCCGUUCCCGUCUCACCCGGGUGUAUGCGCUAUCCAGCAACGAUAUCAGGGCGGGCUCCAACGUCGAGGUGGACGGCGCUCCCUGGAAGGUUCUUGAAUUCCUCCACGUCAAGCCUGGAAAAGGUGCUGCUUUUGUAAGAACAAAAAUGCGCAAUUAUAUCACCGGCAACACAGUUGACAAAACAUUUCGAGCUGGAAGUACGAUCCCAGAAGCAUCCAUUUCAAAGGAAACUAAGCAAUUUACCUACAAGGAUGGAUCGCAGUUUGUGUUCAUGGAUCUGACUAGCUUUGAAGAAACUCGGUUAAAUGAGUCAGAUGUUGGUGACAGGCAGAAAUGGUUGAAAGAGGGGAUGGACUGCAAUUUGCUAUACUGGAAUGGACGGAUCAUCGACUUUGAUCUCCCCAUCACAGUUAGGCUGACUGUAACUGAUACUGACCCAGGGCAAGGUGACAGUGCACAAGGAGGAACAAAGCCUGCAACCGUGGAAACAGGAGCUGUUGUCACGGUGCCCUCGUUUGUGAACGUAGGCGAUGAUAUCCUGAUUGAUUCAAGAACAGGGCAAUACAUGAACAGAGCAUAGAGGAGAUGAGCGACUACCUCAACAGAGCAGUAGUUUUUGUUCACUCAUUUUUUGGCCAAUUCAUUCACCCCUUGAGAUUUACAGGCUUCACCGUAUGCAACAUUGUUCACAGGCAUGUGAACCUUUGACUCUGACACCAAGAAGAAAAUUGUGUCAAAAUUCUUGUGCACGCGUCUAAAAUUUCUGUACUACAUAUAUGUACAUCCUUUUAUGAGAGCAGAUGACUAAUGAGCCAAAUACAUUCUAAGAUUCAUAUCAUGGCGUAAACAUCGGAAGAACCACACUCAAGGCAGAGGGGCUGAAUAACAUCACAAGGAAGUUGGAGUUGAGCUACUAUGUGAUGUG